AUGUUCAAUUUGUUUGUCAAAGCAGAGUCCGCUAGUAGCAUAGGAACUAGUUAUGCAUCAAUGAACCGAUGUGGAAAGACUAAUGCAAAGAAAGGGCCGGACAAGAACUAUAAUUCAUUCAAAGAGUUCAUGGACAGAGAAACUGAGGCACACGUUAUUGCAAAGUGGAUGGUUUUGCUGGAAUUGAGAAUUUUAAAGGUAUAAAGCCAACCAUUUAUAUUUUUCAUUUAAUGUUUAAUUUAAAAACAUUUUUCAUUGCUGGAUCGAAUUCUUUUUUUCUAUUAAUUUAUCUAUAGUCAACUGCAUAUUUAUUAUGUAUCUUACCAUGUAUAAGAUAGAAGAAACAUUUUGAAUUAUGUUUCUACAGACACCCCUAAAAACAGGCCAAUCCCUGCAGACGCAGAUACAUGGACUGUUGAAGAAAAGUCAUCAUGGUUGGCUUCAGAGACGAAGGAAUUCCUAA